AUGAAAGUUGUUUGGUGGCAUUGUAUUAAGGAUGGAAAAGAAGCUGUAAAAGGACUGUUCUUGAAGUUGAGCUCAGGUAUGAAAUUUCAAGAAGUGGCCGAUGCCAGCAAUUCUGUGUUGAAUCGCAUUUGCCCACGAUGCGUUUAUCGUCCAAUGCAAUAUAUUCUCAUCUUUGGCCUCUUCCAUCUAUAUCUUCUCUAUGCGAUCAUUUAUGCUGUCACGCAACUAGUAACCUAUCAUACGAAAGUUAAAGGGUCCCGAGUUAUCUUGAUGCUGCCAAAUUUUGUUGUCUGGAAGGAGAAGAUAAUUGUUUUCGUCACUUCGAUAUUUAUCUGGCAUUGGUUUUCGUCAAGUAUCCUUGGGGUUUCGGCUGGUUGGCAUCAUUUCUCAUCGUGGAUACUGAACCUACGACCACAAAUAAACAUUAAACCACAACUUAAAGUUUUCUCAGCGACCGAAUCCUGCCCCUCCACUAAAUCCAACAUAUCGCUUUCUGUGGACGAAGUGGACACAGACGUGGACCUAUACUUGACACCAAAAAAUAAAGAAUUGGCUGGUGCGAUGAAAAAACUAGAAAUGGCAACUAACAGUGCUUCCUUUGCCAGUGACCUCGUUUCCUCGAUAGCGGGAAGCAUUUCACGAUCAAACUCUAUUGACUCGGCCGUCUCUUUGGGAUCGUAUUCCGAUGGAGAGGGUGUCGAUGAAGUCGAUUUGGAUGAAGAAAUGGAAAAGUUCAACUUCGCGGAGCCAAUAACAGACGACUGCGAUGAAAACAAACCUCUUCUCGGUGAAAAUGGAAAGGAUCCGAAGGAAACCUCUCAGUUCCGGAUGUCACUCAGAGAAGUGGCUAAUGAAGUGCUUACCAAGAUCUCGAUCGCAUCCAAUGGAUUCCGUUCCAAAAUCCCACGUCCAAUUGAUAAGGAGCGCUUUAAUACUAGGAAUGCAGCCGCUAACAGUGCACUUCGUAAGCGUUUCCUGAAACGGAACGUGUCGCCAGGAUUCGAAGAAUGUAGCUUAUUUGCUGAUGAAGAUAUCUAA